GCUAGGCUAGGACAGUUGCCCACUCAUCUCUCGCACUCGCACUGCGCCUUUUGAUGCCAAUCCAUGGCUGCUUGCUCAGCUCAGCUGCACCUCUUUUGAUCUUUUCCUCUUUUUAAUUUUCCUUUUUGCUUUGAAGCAUCCAACAUCAUCACUACUAAAGCGCAUCAGUAGCUGCCUAGGCCUCCUUUGUGUGUUCGUUUUUUUCCUCUCUAGCUUUAUAGCUUUCCCUCCUCCGUCGUAGCCGGAUUCUGCAGGCCUCCAUUGCGUCUACUGACGUUUUGCUUUGCUGUUCUGUUCUUGGGGUUGCUCUCUCUCUCUCUCCCCUUUACUUUGGUUUUGAGGGGUUUUCUGUUGCUGAAUAAAACUAGUUCUUGAUUGGUUCAUGCUAUCCUUGAGUUCUUGAGAGACCAUUCCUCCGUUGUGUCGCUGGAGUCUUUGGCCUGAUUGUGGAGGGCUUCUGCUUUAGGGCAGUUCUUGGCGUCCAUUGCUGUUCUGGGUCAUAAAGUUUUAAUCUUUUGGCCAUUAGACGGAGGAAUUCUUGAGCCGGGCUACUUUUCCCCCUGAUAAUCAACCAGGAGCAGGGAGGCUGUAUCUUUCCCCCUUCCUGUUCUUAAUCAACCAAGAGAAGAGAGGAAUUCUUGAAGAAAGGAAGUGUUUGGUGGUGAAAUGGCUGAGGUGAAGCCUGAGGACAUGGUCCAUCAUACACCCAUGGACCAGCUCCAGGGAUUUGAGUACUGCAUAGACUCCAAUCCAUCCUGGGGAGAAGCUAUUGCGUUGGGCUUUCAGCAUUACAUUCUGUCCCUGGGCACUGCUGUGAUGAUCCCAACAAUGUUGGUUCAGCUUAUGGGUGGAAAUGAUCAUGAUAAGGCAAGAGUUGUUCAAACACUGUUAUUUGUUACUGGGAUAAAGACACUGCUCCAGACAUUAUUUGGCACUCGGCUACCUACUAUCAUUGGGGGCUCGUAUGCAUUUGUUGUUCCAAUUCUCUCCAUAAUCCGUGACCCGUCACUUGCGCAAAUAGCUGAUGGCCAUACUAGAUUUGUGCAGACAAUGAGAGCCAUACAGGGUUCCCUUAUUGUCUCCUCAAGCAUUCAAAUAAUUCUUGGCUACAGCCAAUUAUGGGCAAUUUGCUCCAGGUUCUUUAGCCCACUUGGGAUGGUUCCGGUGGUCGCGCUUGUGGGGCUUGGCCUAUUUCAGAGAGGAUUCCCUGUGGUUGGGAGUUGUGUGGAGAUUGGCCUUCCGAUGCUUAUCCUGUUUGUCGCGCUUUCCCAAUAUCUCAAGCAUGUAACUGUCCGACAUGUUCCAGUUUUGGAGAGGUUUUCACUGCUUAUAUGUGUUGCUCUUGUCUGGGUGUAUGCCCACAUCCUCACAGCAAGUGGAGCUUACAGGCACACAGCCCUGCUCACCCAGUUCAGCUGCCGGACAGACCGUGCCAACCUUAUUUCUUCUGCUCUAUGGAUAAGCAUUCCAUUCCCAUUGCAAUGGGGUGCACCAACAUUCAGUGCAAAUCAUGCAUUUGGUAUGAUGGCUGCAGUUGUGGUGUCAUUAAUUGAGACAACAGGAGCAUUCAUGGCUGCUGCACGGUUGGCAAGUGCAACACCACCACCAGCGUAUGUACUGAGUAGAGGCAUUGGAUGGCAGGGAAUCGGUACCUUGCUAGAUGGUUUAUUUGGCACUGGGACUGGAUCUACUGUUUCUGUUGAGAAUGUUGGUCUCCUUGGAUCAACAAGGGUUGGUAGCAGGAGAGUGAUACAGAUUUCUGCAGGAUUCAUGAUCUUCUUCUCCAUGCUAGGAAAAUUCGGUGCACUGUUUGCCUCCAUUCCGUUCCCAAUAUUUGCUGCUAUAUACUGUGUUAUGUUCGGCAUUGUUGCUGCUGUGGGACUCUCCUUUUUGCAAUUCACCAACAUGAAUUCAAUGCGCAACCUCUUCAUCGUUGGUGUAUCACUCUUUCUUGGCUUAUCAAUACCAGAGUACUUCUCUCGCUACACUGCGAGUGCACAGUAUGGACCAGCGCACACAAAGGCUGGAUGGUUCAACGACUACAUCAACAGCGUCUUCUCGUCGCCGCCGACGGUCGCGCUCAUCGUGGCGGUGCUCCUCGACAACACGCUCGACGUCAAGGAGGCGGCAAGGGACCGGGGGAUGCCGUGGUGGGCGCGGUUCAGGACGUUCAGAGGAGACAGCAGGAACGAGGAGUUCUACACCCUGCCAUUCAACCUCAACAGAUUCUUCCCUCCAUCAUGAGCUGCUUGCUGACCUACCAAAAAUCCAGAAAAAUGGAAGCCAUGUUUCCAAAUAGAUCGACCAGCCAUUGCACCACUGAAAUUCUAGUCUCCUUUUGAUAGAGUAGAG